UCCAAUACCAGGAAAAAUGACCUCGAGACGAGAUAUUUGCGUUAUCGUUGGAAUGGUUUAUUUUUUUUAUAGAUUAGCGUAAUACAAUUUAUUACUAUACACACAGUUGUAAUUUGUAAACAACGAAGUACAAACAGUAAUCAGUAUACACUAUACACCCGACACCGGUACCCUACGGAGUGUUGUUGUGCAGACCUGGCUGACGAACUCUGGCGGAAAUUUGUUUGAUAAACUAUUCGCAUUCUUAGAAUACCAUUAUCUUUUUUCAAAAAUGUCGUACAAAGUUACUUACUUCAACAUCACUGCUCUGGCUGAACCCAUCAGAUUCCUUCUGUCCUACUUGAACAUUGAUUUUGAAGACUUUCGUUUUGAACGCGAACAAUGGCCAGCACUCAAACCAACCAUGCCAUUUGGCAAAGUGCCUGUGUUGGAAAUUGAUGGUAAAGUAUUGAAUCAAUCAACAGCUAUUACUCGUUAUUUAGCCAAAAAAGCUGGAUUAGCUGGUAGUGAUGAAUGGGAGUCUUUGUUGAUCGAUAUUGCUGUCGAUAACAUUCAUGAUUUACGACAAGCAUUAGCAUUAUAUGCUUAUGAUCCAAAUGAGGAAUCUAAAGAAGCAAAAUAUGCACCUUUGAUCAAUGAAACAAUUCCAUUCUAUAUGGAUAAAUUUGAAAAAAAUGUUGAAGACAAUAAUGGAUACUUUAUAAAUGGAAAGUUGUCUUGGGCUGAUUUAUUUUUUGUAGCUGUUUUAGACUACUUGAAUUUUAUGGCAAAAAUUGAUUUGUUGGAAGGUCGUCCAAAAUUAAAAGCACUUAAAGAAAAAGUACUGGAAGUACCUCAAAUUAAAGCAUGGGUUGCUAAACGACCAGCAGAUUGUGUUUAAAUAUCAAACAGUAUCAAAAGAAGCACAUAUUAAUUAAAAUAAUAAGAAUAUUUAUUUUUAAUUUAAUCAUAUCUCA